UGGAUUAAAACUAUAAAAUGCCCAGUGAAUAGGUUUCUUCCUCUUUUUCCAUAGCCAAGCACUGGAUAAACACUGAUGAAACAAGCACUGAUCAGGAAGUCUUCUGCAAGGAGCUUCACCCAUCCAGCAUUUCUUGACCUGAAAGGAAACAUGUUACCCUGGCUCUGCCUUAUUUGGAGCCUGGUGGUUCUGGCUGUGGCCCAGGAUGUGACCCAGGAGGCUGCAGAGUUUUUAAUGCAAUUUGAUGUCCGUGCAGAUGAUUUGUAUUAUGACGCAUCCAUUGCUUCAUGGAAUUAUAAUACCAACAUCACAGAAGAAAAUGCCAUAAAAAUGCAUGAAGCAGACGCUGUAUUUUCUGACUUUUAUGAAGAAGCCUCCAGGAAUGCUAGCAAAUUCAAUGUGAAUCAUAUUACUGAUGAAACCAUCAGGCUCCAGAUUAAUUUGCUGCAGAAUGGACCAACAGAAUCAUCUACAAAAGACCAACUGAAUACUGUUUUACGUAAAAUGAGUACCAUCUACAGUACUGGGACUGUGUGCAAACAAGAUUAUCCUUUUGACUGUUUGCCCUUAGAACCAGGUUUGGAUGAUAUAAUGGCAAACAACUGGGAUUACUCAGAGAGGCUAUGGGCCUGGGAAGGCUGGAGAGCUGAUGUUGGCAAGAAGAUGAGGCCUUUAUAUGAAAGUUAUGUUGAACUGAAAAAUAAGUAUGCAAGAUUGAGGGGCUAUGCUGACUAUGGAGAUUAUUGGAGAGCAAAUUAUGAAGUAGAUUCUCCACCAGAGUAUCAAUACAAACGUGCAGAGCUGAUGACUGAUGUGGAAAACACAUUUCAAGAAAUAAAGCCUUUGUAUGAGCAUCUACAUGCUUACGUACGGCGCCAUCUGUACAAACGCUAUGGCCCAGGGCUCAUUAACCCCAAAGGAUCUCUUCCUGCUCAUUUACUUGGUGACAUGUGGGGUAGAUUUUGGACAAAUUUAUAUCCUUUAAUGGUGCCCUAUCCAAAUAAACCAAACAUUGACGUAACCUCUGCAAUGGUGGAGAAGAAAUGGACGGUAGACUCAAUAUUUAAAGCUGCUGAACAUUUUUUUGUCUCAAUUGAUCUCUUCAAUAUGACUGAAGGUUUCUGGAAAAAUUCAAUGCUUGAGGAACCUAAAGAUGGCAGGAAAGUUGUUUGCCAUCCCACAGCUUGGGAUAUGGGGAAAAAAGACUACAGGAUCAAGAUGUGCACGAAAAUAAAUAUGGACGACUUUCUGACAGCACACCAUGAAAUGGGCCAUAUUGAAUAUGAUAUGGCCUAUUCGGAUCAACCUUUUCUGCUAAGAAAUGGGGCCAAUGAAGGAUUCCAUGAAGCUGUUGGGGAGAUCAUGUCACUUUCUGCAGCUACUCCAAAGUAUUUGAAAUCCCUUGGCUUACUAGAACCUACCUUUCAAGAAGAUUCAGAAACGGAUAUAAAUUUUCUGCUCAAACAGGCCCUCACUAUUGUCGGAACAAUGCCUUUCACGUACAUGCUGGAGAAAUGGCGAUGGAUGGUAUUUGCUGAGGAAAUCCCUAAAGAUCAAUGGAUGAAGAAAUGGUGGGAACUGAAGCAGGAGAUGGUUGGGGUUGUGGAACCGUUGCCUCACAAUGAGGAAUAUUGUGAUCCUGCUGCUCUGUUUCAUGUUGCCAAUGACUACUCUUUCAUAAGAUAUUAUACAAGGACCAUUUAUCAGUUCCAGUUUCAAGAGGCACUUUGCAAAGCUGCUGGUCACACAGGGGAACUUUACAAAUGUGACAUUUCUAAUUCUAAAGCUGCUGGACAGAUCUUGAGGAAGAUGCUUGCUUUGGGUAGCUCUCAGCCUUGGACAAAGGCUUUACAAAGUAUUACUGGAAGCCAAAAGUUGGACGCAGCACCAUUUCUUCACUACUUUGAUCCCUUAUUAAAGUGGCUGGAGAAAAACAACAGUGAUGAAAGUGUUGGUUGGAAUACAAACUGGACUCCAUAUUCUAAGGAUGCCAUCCAAGUGAGGAUCAGCUUGAAAACAGCACUGGGUGAUGAUGCAUACAAAUGGGACGAGAGUGAAAUGUAUUUAUUCAAAUCAACAAUCGCCUAUGCUAUGCAGAAGUACUUUUUAGACAUCAAGAAUCAAACCGUACUAUUUCAAACAGACGAUGUUCAUGUGAGUGAUGUGACACAGAGGAUCUCCUUUUAUUUUACAGUCAGCAUGCCAAACAAUGUCUCAGAUUUGGUUCCUAAAUCUGAAGUGGAAGAUGCAAUCAGACUGUCUCGGGGACGUAUCAAUGAAGCUUUCAAACUGAAUGAUCAAACUUUGGAAUUUAUUGACAUCUUACCAACAUUGGCACCACCUUAUGAAUCACCCAUCACUGUGUGGCUUGUAGUAUUUGGAGUUGUGAUUGGUAUUGUAGUGAUUGGAAUCGUCACCUUGAUCAUUAUUGGACAGAAAGAUCGAAAAAAGAAAAAACGGACAGCACAAACUGAGGCCAUUGAAACUGCUGUUAAUGAGGAAUGUGGAGAAAGCAAUUCAGCAUUUCAACAGGAUGAAGCUGCCUUAACAACUUUAUAAAAGCCAACCAAGUAAAUUGGUGUGCCCUAUGGAUCUCUGCAUGUUUGCGGCCAACAAUCUGACAUUGAAGGGACACAUUAAUACAGAUAAUGCUAAAAAUAAAGGAUCUGUAAAGCAGAAAUAGA